CUAAAUGGUAUAAAUAGAGGCGUGCCAAUAGUCUUAUCUUUAUUCUUUACGUAGCGAUUGUUCUGGCAAGUUGUGCAGGCACUAUUCCCAUGAGUACUUUGCGUUUUAUUAUGCUGGUGGGAGCGGCGAUGAUCGUGACUCAUUUCAGAGGAACCAACAGUCUCCCUCUCGGCCAAAAAGCUGCCAUUUUAAUAGACGUCGAUGAUUCUCACGAAACAUCAGCUACAAUGGACCUCCCAGAUAGCAUGGAAUCGACGCUAAACAAAUCCUUGGAGGACGACGAUUCGCUGGAAGACGAUCAUUUAGUAAAAAGGUAUAGCAUUAUGGCAAGUGCCCAUCCAGCGGAGAGUCUCGUCGCAGCUGGAACGCAACAUGCUGUUCCUCAGUUAAACGUUCGCGUACGAGACGGAUUCUCGUGGGAGGAUUUGGUCAAAGAUUUAGCGAAGGUGGAUGUUUCAGACAAGAGCCAAUCAACAGUACAGGUUGCUCAUGUUACGGUAGAUCCCGACGAUUCGUUAGAAGAUGUGCUGGAAAAACUAGCAGACCCUCAUAACGUCCGAGUCUCAACAUUUACUGACCCCGCUUCUGUCGAGUCAUCACCGCUGGACGAUGACCACUCGUUGGAGGAUGUGAAAAUUAUCCAGAAGACUAUCCAGACGCAAACGAGUUCCACUGGUCAAGUACAACAGACUCGUGUCGGUCUCGUAUUCCAGGACGACGAUGAAAUCGAUGAUUUCUCUUUGGAAGAUUACGUUCAGUGGAUCAAUCCAGACGCUGUGCAGCUAACGAAAAUGAAUUUUCAUCAUUUGCCGACCACUUUGUUUAGCCAUCCAACGUCGGACGAUUGGUUCCUCACGAGACAUUACAUGGACGAUCAUUUCGUCUGGGCCUUGGGAGACGAACUGGCCAAAGAAUAUUUUUGGCAACCUGUUAAAGCUAGUUCUAAUUUGAAUUCGGGCUCGUCUGUUGCAGGUGAUAUUGCGCAAUUAACACCUGUGCGGUCCUUGUGGGAUGAUCGGCUCUAAGCUGACAGCCUUGCA